UGUUGUAUUUUAUCGCUUUUUUUUAACCACUCCUAUUACACACUAUAGCAACGAUUCAUGUAAAGUGUUGUGUGCGUGUGAAAAUGUGCAAAGUAGAAAUGCUGAGAGUGUUGCUGAAGCAGCGACUAACUGCUGCUGUGGAAGAAAUAUUUGUAGUGUUAGAAAGAACGAUAGCAGAAUACGAGGAGGAACUUUCUAGAACAAAAGAGGAGAACGAGCGACAACGUCAGGUACUGGACGCUCUCUUCCAACCGGAAGUUGUGUUACGCAGAACAGAAUGUUUACCCCCCAAGCAGCGGGGGAGGAGCGCCAGGUUGGAGCAGGAGGAGCCACAGCUCCCCCGCAUUAAAGAGGAAGAGGAGGAUCACAGCAUCAGUCAGGAGGAAGCUCAUUUUGGAGGACUGGAGGAGUUCCCUGUGAAGAGUGAAGGAGAUGAGGUCAAAGGUGAAAGUGAGGAGAAGAGAGCGGUGGAGAGACCAGGCAUCUGCUCAAGUCAACACAUGACAAUAGAAGGUGAUGGUGGAGGAUCACAAGCAGACGUAGCUCCUCCACUGUCCGAUAGUGAGCACACAAGGUCUACUAAAGUCCAUGUGACGAUGGACGCUGACGACACGCGCUUCAGAUGCUCUUUGUGUGACAAAACAUUUUGCAGCAAGAAGAACCGUAAAGAACACAUGACAUGUCACUCAGAUGAGAGACCGUUCAGCUGCUCCGUCUGCGGUAAAAGAUUCUCCCGCAAAGGCAUCUUGACGAGACACACCAGACUGCACACGGGGGAAAAACCGUACAGCUGUUCAGUUUGUGGCCAACGGUUCUGUCAGCAGUCGAACUUGAUAUCGCACACAAGAAGGCACACGGGCGAGAAACCCUAUUCCUGCUCGUUCUGCCACUCGUCUUUUAGCAACAGCUCCAACUUGUACCGACACACCAGAAUACACACCGGGGAGAAACCUUUCCUCUGCUCAGUGUGCGGGAAAAGAUUUUCAGUCAUGGGACGUUUGCGAGCACACAAAAGGUUACACGCCGGUGAGAAACCCUCGCUCGCCUAAACCCUGCCCAAUCUGCAACUGAGGUUGUGCGGAGGAAUCUGCAAUGGCUAAAAACACAGGAACUCACACGUUUAGGUCGCCACACCUACACCGAGGGUGCGAAAGACAGGCUGUUUAACCGCUGAAGAAGAGGUGCGCUUUGCAGAACUGCAGCUACACGCAGAGCAAGGCCACAAGAAGAACUGGCACUGCAAGCCUUCAUUCAGGGUCUCUGACCGUAGUGGUCCAAAGAACACGUUUAAGGACUUUGCAAAGCGUUCUAAGUGAGGCUGAGAGGGUCAAGCACAUCUUGGGUGAAAGAAGAUGAAGAAGGCACGAGACACCGAGACCGCCGCACUGACCGAGAGGACCGUGAUGAUGAGGAUGUGUCCUGCCAAGCCUUCAGAGCACACCUGCAGCAGACGUAGGGUAGAGAUAUGCCAAUGUCCAAUAUAGCCUCGCUCCUUGUUCCCCACAAGAUGAGGAGGCGAGUCCUCCAACGGAUCCAUGAAGCGAUGAGGAUGGAGUACGGUGACCCCGCCCAGCUUUUACUGGCCGAGGCGUCGAAGAGACGCAGAACGCUACAAAGGCGAUGCAAGGUUCAUGCGGUCACAGCGCAGGAAAAGUGAGGCCAGGCUGCAGGACAGACCUUCAGUGGCACACAAACCCUCAGAGAUGGCGUGAAUGGCGAGACUUGGUUUGAAAUGCUUCAUCAUGCCUUGCUAGCCAUACUAUUGAGGUAUAGUUGUUAGUUUAGUGCUCAGCUGUUUUUGAGUUUAUUUGCUGAGCUAAGUUUCUUCUUCUACAUCUUCCACCAUUUUGUAAUAGUCCCUGUGUGAUUGUGAACCUUUUGAGAGUGGGUCUUUGAAGUUGUGUUAGUACAACAAGCCAUUGUAUUGUCUGCUCGUGGAAAACAAAAAUGCUAAUCUACGAUUUGACUCCCUCAAAUGGCCUUGACGGUCCAACAACAGGAGCAGGAUGUUCUGAAAACAUCCCCCCGAGGACUCCUCAAUGAUGGACGCUUUUGACCUCCCUGCCUCCUCAACGACACCUGGAGUCGAACUUUUGCUUGCAUGCAGAACGGCCUCAGGCCUCAGGCCUAUGAACAUGAACACUACAUCAACACACCCAAGACAAUGGGCAUAUACACACACACCCCCUCCCCCACCCCACGCCUUCUCCACCGCUUGAUUCCCCUUCGGGGUGAUGGACGGCUGGCAGCGCUUCAUAGCAGCAGUCGACCUCCAGGGCCCCAACUCCCCGCCUCUCUGUUGCGAGUUGUCGUGAUUAUAUGUAACAUGUUUAUGUGUGCAUGGCAUGGAGGUUUUUUCCCACUCCAGACUAGGCCCCCUUAGGAGCCCAGUCUAGAUUGUAUUUUUUUUACUCAUCUUCUUCCCCAGCGUUUUACCUUUUUCCCAUCUUUUACGGGGCGCCUCGUGGCGACCCAUCAGCGUUCCUGUUCUGUAACCCUGUACACUGUUUGUUUGUAACCCUGUACACUGUUUGAUUGUAACCCUGUACACUGUUUGAUUGUAACCCUGUACACUGUUUGUUUAUAACCCUGUACACUGUUUGUUUGUAACACUGUACACUGUUUGUUUGUAACCCUGUACACUGUUUGUUUGUAACCCUGUACACUGUUUGUUUGUAACACUGUACACUGUUUGUUUGUAACCCUGUACACUGUUUGUUUGUAACCCUGUACACUGUUUGAUUGUAACCCUGUACACUGUUUGUUUGUAACCCUGUACACUGUUUGUUUGUAACCCUGUACACUGUUUGUUUG